CAGUAUGUCUCGGCCGUCAUCAGAGCGGGAGCGGUAUUCGCACGAUGGGGUCCUUGCUGCCAUCAAGCUAUUGGGGAGCUACCUGACAGUGGCGCCUUCCUCGCAUCGCAAGAGAGUGGGGCGGCUGCUGGGCUUCAUGCUGGGGGUCAAGGGCGAGGACGAGGACAGGCCUCUGCUGGCGUCGCGCUACCUGCUGCCUGCCCUGGUGCACAUGAGCAGUGAGGCCCGCGGCUGCAACACCAUCCUCAAACGCGGCGGCCACAGAUUCCUGAUCGAGUACAUUGCGGAGACGGGCCGCACCAACAUGACGGGGCAGCUGCGGUCGGGGGCAGAGGGGCAGACCAGCCUCAUGCAGGCUGCUGACGUCAUCCUUAACCUCUUCUCCUUCCGGCGCAACAUCAAGGUGCCUUUAGACCCGCAUGACUUUGUGCCGCUGCUCGCAUCCAUGGGCGCUUGGAGCAGCGUCAAGAGCACGGACCCUAAGAUCACCUACAAGACGCUGGCGAUGGCGGCAUGCGUGAACGUGUCGAUGCUGCAGCUCUCCUCAGAAGACAUCAUCAAGAAGAAGCUCGACCUCGCAACCUACAAGAAGCUUCCCAGCUCGCUGGGCGUGAUUGUCAAGUUCCUGGAGUUUGGGCACCGCAACUGCAACUCGUUUAGUAGCGAGACAGAGAUCAAGGAGCUCUGGGACAUCACCCUCGGAUCCUGCACGGACUGUCUGCUGCUGUGGCCUCAGCUCAAGCGAGCCAUUGUCAAGUCGGAGUACUGGGCUCGUGUCUCCAGGCAAAAAGCCGUGACCCAGGAGCGCCUCAACCAGGUGUGCAAGGACGAGAGGCUCCGCAAACUGCUGGCCCUCGUCGCCUUCUCCAACUGACCCAUCCCCCACCCUCCCCCCCCCUCCCCCCCCCUCUUCCCCCUCUCCUCCAACUGACCCCCCCUCGCGUCACCUCCCGCACGCUCCUCCCCCUCUCCUCCAACUGACAUACACCAACGCCCACUCCCUUUUUCUCCCUCUCUUUUAUUAGCUACCUUUUGUAUCCCCCCUGCUCUGCCCCCCCUCCACCCCCAACCUCACCUAACAACCACAUUAUUCCCCAACCCAAUCCCUGCACGCCAACUAAUCAUUGUACCUAAGCUCCCUCGCACCUUGCUCCGGCUGCAAUCAGCGGACGGCUACUGCUGUCCCCCUUAUUGAAAUGGAAGGUUCUAAACAUCCCUGCCAGCCACACAUAGCCCUCCUAUUGUAACCGCAUACCCUGUACUGGGGCGAAGCCAAGGAUAGCGGCUUGCUGUCUGACUGCCUGAAGAAAUGUAUCCUGUGCCUGCUGGUCAGGGUAUUGUGGUUCUCAGCUUGCUAUCUAGCCAUCUCACCGUUUCCACUUGUGGCAUUUGUGGAUACCUUGCCAUUAGUCAAAUUCACUGAGUUGUGUAACACCUCGUAUGUCAAGAAGAUACC